CUCGAGCGUGGUUAUACUCUGUGUGUGUGUGAGCAGGGGAGCUGCUGGUGGAGGUGCAGGAGUGUGUGUGUGUGUGUGUGUGUGUGUGUGUGUGAGCAGGGGAGCUGCUGGUGGAGGUGCAGGAGUGUGUGUGUGUGUGUGUGUGUGUGUGUGUGUGAGCAGGGGAGCUGCUGGUGGAGGUGCAGGAGUGUGUGUGUGUGUGUGUGUGUGUGAGCUGCUGGUGGAGGUGCAGGAGUGUGUGUGUGUGUGUGUGUGUGUGUGUGUGUGUGUGUGAGCAGGGGAGCUGCUGGUGGAGGUGCAGGAGUGUGCUGGCUGGUUUGCUCAGGACUCAGGCUCAGUGUGGAAACCCAAUAGGAGGGCGCUUUGGCUCGCUGCGCUCUGCUCAGCUGAAGCUCGGCGGCUAAAAAUAAUCCGCACCCGGCUGCGGCGCACACUGACACUGGGUCUGCCGCACACUCACUCUCAGCUCUGGGAAUGAAACCCUGCUAACACCAACAUCGCACAGAUCUUUGGCCCAAUCAGGCAGCAUGGCCUUGUCAUUCUGCGGAAACGACCUCAACAACUCCUACAGUGUCAACAAGGGAGUGCUGAAUAACGGUUGCUUUGUGGAUGCACUCAACCUUGUCCCACAUGUCUUCUUACUCUUCAUCACCUUCCCUAUCCUCUUCAUUGGUUGGGGCAGUCAGAGCUCGAAGGUGCAAAUCCACCAUAACACCUGGCUGCAUUUCCCUGGCCAUAAUCUACGCUGGAUUCUGACCUUCACGUUGCUUUUUGUGCACGUGUGCGAGAUCGCCGAGGGAAUCGUCUCCAACACGGAGAUGAAGUCAAAUCACUUGCACCUUUUUCUACCUGCACUAAUGGGCUUCAUAGCAGCUACUACAUCAGUGGUCUAUUACCACAAUAUUGAAACGGCCAACUUCCCCAAAUUACUCCUCGCACUGUUCAUCUAUUGGGUGUUGGCAUUCAUCACCAAAAUCAUCAAGCUGUGGAAGUUUGCAGAGGAAGGAGUGGGCAUACAGCAUCUCCGCUUCUGUAUCACGGCUCUGCUUGUGGUGCUGUACGCCCUGCUUAUGGCUGUCGAGAUCAAUGUCAUACGCAUCAGGAAGUAUGUGUUCUUCACUAACCCUCAGCGAGUCAAACCACCAGAGGACCUACAGGAUCUGGGCGUGCGCUUCCUCCAGCCUUUCGUUAACCUGCUCUCUAAGGCCACAUACUGGUGGAUGAACCCACUGAUCAUGAGUGCGCACAAGAGGCCCAUCGAGCUGAAGAAGAUCGGCAAGCUGCCCAUCGCCAUGAGGGCUUUGACCAACUUCUUGCAUCUGAGGGAUGCUUAUGACGAGCAGAGGGAGAAUGCAGAGCGGCUGGAAAAGACUCCAUCCAUCUGGAAGUCCAUGUACCACGCUUUCGGUCGGCCCAUCCUCCUCAGUAGCACCUUCCGCUACAUGGCCGACCUCCUGGGCUUUGCCGGACCACUCUGCAUUUCUGGAAUUGUAGAGAACCUGAACCAGACGAACAGGACUGAAGACUUCAGCAUGAACAAGACAGAGGAUAUACUAUUUGGAGUCUACUUUAUGCCCUCGGCGGAGCUGUUCAGAAAGGCGUAUGUCCUGGCUGUGCUUCUCUUCCUGGCUCUGGUGCUCCAGCGCACCUUUCUACAAGCCUCCUACUACGUCACUAUAGAAACAGGCAUCAACCUACGAGGAGCACUGUUGGCAAUGAUCUACAACAAGAUCUUGCGUCUCUCCACUUCCAACAUGUCUAUGGGAGAGAUGACCCUGGGACAGAUCAACAACCUGGUGGCAAUAGAGACCAAUCAGCUGAUGUGGUUCCUGUUUCUGUGCCCCAACUUGUGGGCAAUGCCUGUGCAGAUCAUUAUGGGCGUGAUCCUGCUGUAUUACUUGUUGGGGUCCAGCGCUCUCAUUGGUGCACUGGUCAUUGUGCUGCUGGCCCCCAUUCAGUACCUCAUCGCCACCAAGCUGGCCGAUACACAGAAAAGCACACUGGACUAUUCAACAGACCGUCUGAAAAAAACCACAGAGAUCCUGAAAGGCAUAAAGCUGCUGAAGCUGUAUGCCUGGGAGAACAUUUUCUGCGAUAGCGUGCUGGAAACCAGGAACAAGGAACUCACCAGCCUCAGGACGUUUGCAUUUUACACAUCCAUGUCCAUCUUCAUGAAUGCAGCCAUCCCUAUUGCUGCAGUGUUAGUGACCUUUGUUACUCACGCCUACAUCCGCGAACCUGACAACAAGCUGACUCCAGCCAAGGCAUUCGCCUCUCUGGCUCUCUUCCACAUCUUGGUCACACCACUCUUCCUGCUCUCCACUGUGGUGCGGUUUGCCGUGAAGGCCCUGAUCAGUGUUCAGAAGCUUGGCGAGUUUCUGCAGAGCGAGGAGAUUGACGAUGACAGCUGGAGAAAUGGAGACAUGAUGAUGGCUUAUGAGCCCUGCAAGAAAUCCACUGGGGGUACAAAGGUGAUAAAUAGGAAACAGCCACUCCGUUAUCAGAUGGAUAACUACGAUCAGCCCAUGCGCAGGCAGCUGCGCCCCACCGAGACCGAGGAUGUCGCCGUGAAGGUGAACAAUGGAUGCUUCACAUGGGGGAGCAACAUGUCAACCCUGUCUGACAUCAACAUCCGCAUUCCUUCAGGUCAGCUGACCAUGAUUGUGGGCCAGGUGGGUUGUGGGAAAUCCUCGCUGCUGUUAGCCAUGCUGGGCGAGAUGCAGAACCUCAGUGGGAAAGUCUAUUGGAGCAAUAAGAACAGGUACUCUGUGGCAUACGCAGCUCAGAAGUCUUGGUUGCUAAAUGCCACUGUAGAGGAAAACAUCACAUUUGGCAGUCCUUUCAACAAGCAGAGAUACAAGGCUGUGAUUGAUGCUUGCUCACUGCAGCCGGAUAUUGAUCUCCUUCCCUUUGGGGACCAGACUGAAAUUGGAGAAAGGGGAAUAAAUCUCAGUGGAGGUCAGAGACAGAGGAUCUGUGUGGCCAGAGCUCUGUAUCAGAACACAAACAUUGUUUUUCUGGAUGACCCGUUUUCUGCUCUGGACAUCCAUCUCAGUGACCAUCUCAUGCAGGAGGGCAUUCUCAAUUUCCUGCAGGAUGAUAAGCGCACUGUGGUCCUGGUUACACACAAACUGCAGUACCUCAUUCAUGCAGACUGGAUCAUAGCAAUGAAGGAUGGCUCUGUGUUGAGAGAGGGGACACUGAAGGACAUCCAGACACAUGAUGUGGAGCUCUAUGAGCACUGGAAGACCCUCAUGAACAGGCAGGACCAGGAGCUGGAGAAGGACACAGAUUUUGAGAGUCAGACUACUCUUGAAAGGAAAACGCUGAGAAGGGCUUUCUAUUCAAGAGAAGCCAAGAACCAGAUUGAUGAUGAAGAUGAAGAAGAGCAAGAGGAGGAAGAUGACGACGACAACAUGUCCACUACCACUAACCGCCGUUCAAAAAUCCCAUGGAGGGUUUGCUGGUGUUAUUUGUCCUCUGGCGGCUUUCUCUUGGUUUUCAUGAUGGUCGCAUCCAAGCUGGCCAAGCACUCUGUCAUGGUGGCCAUUGAUUACUGGCUGGCAGCAUGGACCUCCUCAAGCCAAAAGAAUAUCAGUGAUUUCAUUGUCAACCUGGACGCCAACACCACCAAGUACACUCAGGAGGACAGGGCCGAGCAUCAAGCCUAUGUGCCUGUGUUCGUUAUUCUCUGUGGAGCAGGAAUAGUCCUCUGUCUUAUCACUUCUCUGACUGUUGAGUUUUUGGGUCUGGCUGCUGCCUCUAAUCUGCACCAUAACUUACUCGACAAGAUCAUCCAUGCACCUCUUCGAUUCUUUGACAUUACCCCACUUGGUCAAAUUCUCAACCGGUUCUCUGCAGAUACGAACAUUAUUGAUCAGCACAUUCCUCCUACACUGGAGUCUCUCACUCGGUCCACUCUUCUCUGUCUCUCGGCCAUCGGCAUCAUCGCUUUCGUUACACCAGCUUUCCUUAUUGCCCUGGUGCCCCUCGCGGUGGCCUUUUACUUCAUCCAGAAGUACUUCCGGGUCGCAUCAAAAGAUCUACAGGACCUAGAUGAAUCCACUCAGCUUCCUUUGCUCUGCCAUUUUUCUGAGACCGCAGAAGGCCUCACCACCAUACGAGCGUUCAGGCACGAGGCACGAUUCAGGCAGAGAAUGCUCGAGCUGACUGACACCAACAACAUCGCUUACCUCUUUCUCUCUGCUGCCAACCGGUGGCUAGAAGUCAGAACAGAUUAUUUGGGUGCUGUUAUUGUCCUAACAGCUGCAGUAGCUGCCAUCUGGAUGUCUUCGUAUGGAGUCAAGCCUGGUCUGGUUGGACUCGGCCUAACAUACGCUCUUACAGUAACUAAUUAUCUGAACUGGGUCAUAAGGAACCUGGCAGAUCUGGAGGUUCAGAUGGCAGCAGUGAAGAAAGUUAAUAGCUUCCUGAGCACAGAGUCCGAGAACUAUGAUGGUUCCAUAGAUGUCUCCCAGGUUCCGGAGGACUGGCCUCAGCAUGGUGAAAUUAAGAUCCAGGACUUGUGUGUGAGAUAUGACCCCAUGCUGAAACCUGUUCUCAAACACGUCAAUGCUUUCAUCAACCCUGGUGAGAAGGUGGGCAUUUGUGGGAGGACAGGCAGUGGAAAGUCCUCGCUGUCUCUGGCCUUCUUCAAUAUGGUAGACAUUUUUGAAGGAAAGAUCAUUAUUGAUGGCAUCGAUAUCUGUAAGCUGCCUCUGCAGACUCUGAGAUCCCGGUUAUCCAUCAUUCUUCAGGAUCCAGUGCUGUUCAGUGGCUCCAUCCGUUUUAACCUAGACCCAGAAUGCACCUGCAGUGACGACAGGCUUUGGGAGGCUCUAGAAAUUGCCCAGCUGAAGAAUAUGGUCAAAGCACUCCCAGGAGGAUUGGAUGCUGUAGUAACCGAAGGAGGAGAGAACUUCAGCGUGGGCCAGCGGCAACUCUUCUGCCUCGCCAGAGCCUUUGUUCGUAAGAGCAGCAUCCUCAUCAUGGAUGAGGCCACAGCAUCCAUCGACAUGGCCACGGAGAACAUUUUACAGAAGGUUGUGAUGACCGCGUUUGCUGACCGUACUGUCGUCACCAUAGCACACCGGGUCCACACUAUCCUGACGGCUGAUCUCGUGAUCGUGAUGAAGAGAGGGAACAUACUCGAGUAUGGGAAACCAGAGGCACUGAUGGAGCAGGAGGACGGCAUGUUCGCCUCCUUCGUCAAAGCAGACAUGUAGACACACUAUCCAUUAGUACACACACACACACACACACACACACACACACACACACACACUGCUGACAUACAAGAGAGGAAGGAGUUAUUUCUUAUUUUAUAAACAGGCAGAUUUUCCAGUCUGCCCGUGCCUUUGACCUUUUAGCAAUUUACAUUAUAUAACUGCAAGUAGUUGUUUCUUUUUUUGUUUCAUGCUUCUUCUUUUUCAUGCUUUUUACAUGAUACGUGUGUGUUAAUGUGAGAAAUAGCAGCUAUACAUACAUGUAAAUAUAUACUGUAUGAACUAGUACUAACACUGUACGCAGUUGUCAGCAGACUUGGAGAGCUGACACAACCUGUCUGUCGAAUGUGCAUUGCUGAAUUUUAUUUACUCUGGAGAAUGAAGGGAGACUUGUAGCACCACAGAGGCACAAAUUACUAUGCAAAACGUAUGUUUUUCUAUCAACACGUUAUAUCUUACGGUAUAUCAUCUUCCUGGAACAACCAGGACCUGCAUUAUGGCCUGUUGUCAUGAAUUAAGAAUGUGAAUAAGAACUUGUGCUUCCUAGGGACGGCCAGAUCACGGGAAAUAUUUUUACGAUAUAGAGCUGUAUAUUAGUGAGGGGUUUUUUUUCCCUAAUUACUGAAACUAAAUUCCAAUUAGUAUUUCUGUUCACGCCUCUCAUGUUCGUAUUUGCCUUUAUCCGGGCCUCAUCAAAGUGAUUUUAGAUUGUGAUGGAAAUCUUUUUUUUUUUUAAGAUUUUUUUUGGGCUUUUUUCACCUUUAUUGGAUAGGACAGUAUAGAGACCAGGAAAUGAGCAGGAGAGAGAGACAGGGAGGGAUCGGGAAAUGACCUCGGGUCGGAAUCGAACCCGGGUCCCCAGAUUUAUGGUAUGGCGCCUUAUCCACGUGAGCAAUGACGCCCCCAGGAAAUCAUUUUAAAUACUUUUUUUUUUCUAUAGGAUCGGACAUUUUCACAGUGCUAUGGCUGUGGAUUUUUUUUUCCUCCACAAUUUUUGUCACACCAAAUACACAGCUACUCACUCAGUGCGUUUACAUGCACAUAGAGAAAAUCGAAUUUCUGCCGUAGCUCGACUGAAAUCGAAGUUCUAAAUGCCAUGGAAACACCUUAGCUCGGCCGAAAUCAAACCGAACUGGAUUUCUCGUAAUCGAGCUACGCGACUUAGAUUAUGCGAUUGUAGCCGAGCUACUUAGUGCAUGUAAACCCUAUCGAGCUACGUAGUCGAGCUACUUACUUCAGCACUGCCCCUUCCGGAAGUGACGAGUGACGAGACCACAAGCGGGAAACACAACAGCCUUGGUCGGCAUGACAACAGUAGUAGAAACGUGCACUUCUGGAGCAAUGAGGAGAUAGAGUUCAUGCUCAUUCAGCUUAAGGAGCUGAAUAUAUAUAUAUAUCGAUGUUGCUGUCCUCGUCGUCGUUCUUCUUCUGAACACGGAACUGAUAACUUUGUUUAUACUCUUGAAUAGCUCUUCUUCAUGACGACAACCGGAAGUGUACGAACACGAUGGGGCGUGUAGCGCCACCUGUGGCUCGGGUGCACAAUGUACCUCACACAAUAGCUCGAUUUCCUUGUGUGCAUGUAGGAUUGGAUUUCUCUGGCACCCCUGCUGGGACCCUUAGCUCGAUUACCGACAGCAGCUCGAUUUGGAUGUGCAUGUAAACGCACUGACUGAGCAGAAUGACAGCUUACUUUAAAAUAACCACUGCAUCUUUGCUGAGUGCUACCCAUCAAGUACAAAGCACACUUGGAGGAGAUACUCUCUGCCCUCUUCCAUAUACACAAACUCCUAAACGCUAAUUCUGAGCUAAUGCUACUCUAGAGGAGCACCAUCCCUCUCAUACAGACAGAAGGGUGCUCUCUCGGACUCCCGGACAUGGACGUGCUUCUUAGGAGUUAUAUAAAAGAGGCCAUCUGUGUAACCCUGGAACAGUUAUCUCUGAGCUGAACACUUAACACCUACUCACAAUGCCAUCCUAACAUCUUUGGCUCAGCUGCGUCACACCAAUUCACACCUCCACUAACUGUCCUGUGACCUUAAACCCUAUAAACAUUGAGCAUUUUUUUUCUUUUUCCAGCAUAAUACAGUAUCCAGUACGACUUACUGAGUCACUACUGGGAAACCAGUAGGUAAUGUCCAUCGUUACAACACUGUCUAGACCCGUUGACAGAUUGUGUAAGGCUGAACAGGACUUUUUAUGUGAGUCACCACAGAGGUUUAAAUGUCAGAGGUUUUCCCACCACUAACUGAUCAGCAGUGAAACGUCUUCAUGAUUAUAACAAGUCCAGCUGUUCUGCUUUAUUCCCACUAGACAAGAACAUCAGAUUCUGUUCUUUCCUUGUGAGUUUUUUUGUUUUGUUUUUUUUAAAUGUUGGAUUGCUAAUAACAAAAGUGAUCUAGCCAAGGGAUCUCCUUCGACUACCACUGAAUUCGAACGGGGACCACUUUCUUCAGUAAACUUUUAUAGAUCUUUGGAUCCUUUUACAACCAGCAGAGUUUUUAUAGAGCAGUGUUUGUUCUUCUUAAAGCAAAUCACACCCCCUGUUUUGGCUGGAGUAUUUACCGUACAGUGAUGCUGCGUGCCAAAGUCUGCCAAGACACUGAACCCUCACGGCAUCUAGUCAUAGCUUACGCGCUUCCUGAGAUGGCUCCUGCUUUCACCAAGGACGUUGGCCUUACUCGUGUGUAUUUAUAUGUAUUUCAUAUGAUGCACCGCGUUGUGCAGAAUCACACAGUGUUAUGCAAUAAUUCUUACCAGCUUUUUGUGCAGAAUUGUCUUAAAUGUACAUAUGUAAUUACUGUUAACAGCAUAAACAUUUAACAUUAUA